GCUCAGGGAUUUGACCUCUGUACAGGUAAGCCCUCCAAAAACAGAAGGUGAGUCAUACAGCUGGUAUAAAAGUACCGGCUUGCUAAGACCGUACAGGUAAACAUUAAGGGGCGUCUACAAUGGCAACUGCAAGGGAAAGAAGCUCUUCUUCGGAAUCGCUCGAGGAGCCAAGCCCUCUCCCCGGCGAGGAACCGCAGGGGAAGGGAGAACCAGGGGAGACCGUCGAUUCGUUUCUACUUCGGCAACAAAGGGAGAGGAUGUUCGAACUUCGUCGCAUUUCUCACGGCGAUCGCCCUGUGUCCGGUCAAGGUUUUCGGGAGAAGCUGGACGCCUUCUUUCGUAAUCAUGUAGGUGCGGACUCAGCGGAACUGAGCGAGGAAGAUCAGAAUAGACCAAGUCAAGGAAGGACUGAGGAGCGACGCCCAGAAGCAGUUAGACUGGAGGUGCGAGGACUGUUCGACCAACGCCGUGUGAGUAACGUGCUACAGAGUGACCUGUUCAGGCGGGAGUUGGAGAGCGUUGUCCGAGGCGGUCUGUCUAGGUUCCACCGCUCUGUCCCUCCCCCUCCACUGCCUCCACCUCCACCUCAAGACUUCAAUGAUGCAAGCUCCACUGCCACCGACAUUGACGAGACAGGAAGUGUGUCCAGCUUCACCUCCGGGAGCACCUCUGAUGUCUCCCUGCACUCCUGGCUGUGGCAGGUCCCUCCCCCUCCUCCCCCUGUCUCCUCUCAACAAUGGAUGGUCCCUCCUCAGAUGGGCCCUCCCCAGAUGGGGAAUGGUGCUUUCCCACCACAACCGCCCUCUUACCAGGCUGCACAGCAUGCACAGCAGCCAUGGCAACAGCAACAGCAAGCAUCAGGACAGCAGGGUCCAUGGCAACAACAACAGCAACAAGGCCCAUGGCAACAGGGUCCUUGGCAACAGCAGCAGGGCCCAUGGCAACAGGGACAGCAAAGCCCAUGGCAACAGCAGCAGGGUCCAUGGCAACAGGGACAACAGGGCCCAUGGCAACAGCAGCAGGGCCCAUGGCAACAGGGACAACAGGGCCCAUGGCAACAGCAGCAGGGCCCAUGGCAACAGCAACAAGGCCUAUGGCAACAGCAACAACAACAGGGCCCAUGGCAACAGCAACAACAAGCACAGCAAGGUCAUAGGCAGCAACCUUGGCUGCAAAGAAGGCAGCCAACACCAUGGCAACGGCAACAACAGCAGCAGGCCAACAGGAGGACCCUGUACGACAUCGAGCAAGCCCAGCGGGAGAACAUUGUCAGUGACAUCAGCGAGCUGCUGCAGCGACAUGUGGUCAGCUCUUCGCUGGACGGAGGGUUCCGAGGUGUUCUGGAGCUCAUGGUGGCGCGGAGGGUUAACGAGACCGGUACGGACGGCGAGAGGGUGCAGGAGUCGAUACAGAACAUCCCGCGGUCCCGCCCCCACCGCAGGAACGACUUCAGCCACCUGGGGAUCAACACCCAGCCUCAGGGAGCAGAGGCUGAUGGGACAGGGACAGCAGGGAUCCAGGGACCAGAAAUGCAGUCUCUCCGAGCUGAGAUAGACGAGCUUAAGAACAUGGUACGUGUCAGCUUCGACCUUCAACUUGACCUCCAGAGGGCCAUCAGGCAGGAAGUGGCAGCAGCAAUGGCCGCCCAUACAGGCUCUAACACCCAGGACAUCCCGGUGACUCGAGCGGUUCGUGAGGGACACUGUCUGAUCUGCCUGGACCAGACCGUAGAUUCUGUACUGUACCAGUGCGGACACAUGUGCGUCUGCAACGGCUGCGGACUCAACCUGAAGAGCCAGGGACACAACUGUCCCGUGUGCCGCGCACCAAUCAGGGACGUCAUCAGGGCCUACAGGUGCAACCAGGAUUGAGCACCUGUGCAUCAAUCAGUCAAAGCUUUUUUGGGGGGGGGGGG